UCCUUUUCUUUUCCUUUUUUUUUUUUUCAUUCUUCUUUUAAUAAUAAUACUUUUUUUCCUCUUAAUCUCUCAAUAAAUUGAGUUUCUUCCCUUGUCAGUUAAGAGAGAAGAAAAUUAUUGUCGCAAAUUUGGAUUGAAUUGUUCUAAAACGAUAUUGAGAUUUUGUAUGCAAUUUCAAGUUCAAAGUCUAGCAACAAAACUUCAUUGGUUUUUCCAUCAAAAGGAAGAAACUCCAUCCCCAAAUCAUAUUGAUUUUUCACUACUUCUCAUACACUUGUUUGAAUAAAAUACAAUAUGGCUGUGUCUUUUACUCAUCUUUCAUGGUGGCUUUGGAGUGGGAAGCAUCAAGAGCCAAGGAUGUCCAAUGGCUCUUCUCUGAACUCUUCACCUGAAUCCGGGAUGUGGGAAUCUGAUGCUCUCAAGUUUCCUUUGGUUAAGAGGGCCAAGAUGGCCUCCUCCUCGUCGUCAAGAAAGGUGAAGCGCAAAUGGCAUAGCCGGGAAGAGCGGAAAAUUGACCGGGAAUACGAUAUUGUUCUCGUGCCAUCGGAUGGCGGGUGCGUUUCUGGCUCUGAAUCUGAGGACUCGGAUUGGUCGAUCGGAUGGUUGGAGCCUCAUGGACCUGAGUUUCAGAGUGAUGAUGACACGGACAAUAGCUUUGCUGUGCUUGUUCCAUGCUAUGGGCGUGGUCUUGAGGAAAUGGUGGAUAAUACAAAGAACAUUAUCCUUAGCACUGUUGGGAUCAUUCCUGAUGGAUAUUCAGCUGAGAGCAAGAAAAACAUGGAAGAGUGGCUUUCUUCUCUGCAGAAGAGCUGAUGUUCUGAAAACCUGGUGACCCAACACUAUUCAAAGACAUCAGAAAUUAAAAAUUAAAAAAAAAAAAAAAGAGGAGAUUGGACCAGUUUGUUAAUUGAUAUUGCUAGCAAAAGAGGAAAUUGGCUAAUGUUGAUUAAAGCUAAUAUUUUUGAGGAGCGGCAGAUGAUUCAGGAUUCCAGUGCUUUGCAACUGGUAGAUGACUUAGUCUCCUACUGCUUCUGUAAAGUUUGACAUUUUCAAAUUAAGGAUGUACUGUCUAGAGUAUGGAGAAAAAAAAAAGAGUAAAAGGGAGAAAAAUAAGCAGGGAAAAAAAGUUUUGUUAGGGACAAUGAUAUUGAUGGGUGUGUUUGUGUCAUGUACCUGCUUUGUGAUUCUUUGAUUUAAGUGCCUUGUACAUAGUAGAAGCAGGUCUUAUGUUUUACCUAGUACCCUUCUAAAUAAGUUGUGAAUAAUUGUAAAUAUUUUGUUAAUAUCAAGAAAGCCUCUCAAUCUCU